GCAGUCCCCGGAGAUCGCUUUGACCGGAUCAUAGUUUAAUGCUGCCCACAUCGGCAAUCGCGAAUUUUUAUACCGUUUCCGAUCGUAGAGAUUCAAUUUGCGUUAUCAACACAUAUACGCUUUAAUAAAAGUAAUUUAUCGCCGCACAUACACAUAAAUUCGCAACCGGUAUUUUUUUAUAUAUAUACCUUGAACUAGACGGCGUCGAUAGCACAAUCGAAUCAGCUCGAUACCGAGAGAUGUGGCUCCGUUACGUUAUACUGAUCCAUGUAUUCGGAUUUCUUCUCGCGAGAUCGUCCAAAUCGCUCGACGAUGACGGAAGAUACCUCUCGUCUCUGGAAAGGAAACUGAUGUUGAAAUUAAAAACGGCGACACGACUGAAGCACAAUCUCGGAAAAAUUCUUCAUGAACUGCCGAUACAAAAUUAUGAGAUGUAUCACUCCGUAAAGAUUGUUGAGGAUUACUUGAGGAAUGGCGGUUCGCUGCUGGAGUGCCUCGACGUCUUACCUUCCAUAACGUACGCACCUAUUGCGAAGCAGAUAGAUAGUAUCCUGGGAUCCAUGGAGGAUCGUUUGCCUAAAUAUCUCUUGCCAGCGAUAUCCUUGAUUCGGCGAUCUCUGUCGGAGGAUGUUCUGAAUGCUGAUGAAAUUUACAGACCUACUUUCGGACCGUUGAAAGCAGAUCCGUUGGAGAAGAUCCCACUGAAAGAACUGAAGGAAGCGGCCUUGCCUUUGAUUUAUCGCAUGUCGCUCGAGGAUCUUGAAAGACCUUGGCCAAAAAUUGUUGGUGAUACGGCAAAGUUGAUCCAUGAUAAGACCAUCUCUCCGCAUCCUGCGUUCAUCGCAUACAUGUUGGCGAAUCUGUGGAUAUCGGGCGCGACGGCGGAAGUAAGAGAAGCAAUCGUAGUUCUCGUCGAAUAUUUGCAAUCCUACGGUAAGCAUGAAUUGACCGGCUUCAGCGUGUCUCCCAAUCCAUACGUGCUGAUCGCUAAUGCUAUUUCGAGCUUGCCCCUGCAAAAUGAGACGCUGAUAGCUGCUAACGUGUUACUGCCAUUCUUGAGGCCCUCGGAAUGCCAGGAGUCUGCCGAAUUCAGCGGAUUCUUUCAAAACAAUACUCUAAAUUAUACGCUGCUGAUAUCUCGAGACAAACUGAUUUCUAGAUCAAAAGACGGUAUCGCGUUGUUAUCCAUAAUUCAGAAUAAUACGAACAUAAAGAACGUCAUAGAGCAAUUUUCUCCUUUCGAAUAUGCAUCUUGGAAAGAUUUGUUAUUGGCUUUUAUCAGUCAACUCAGACGUCAACAGGCUCACCAAGGUGAGGUAUCGAACUUCGUAGAUAGUGUCUACGGUGAGCUAAUUUUGAAAAAUAACCAAAAACGUUGGCAGCUUCUAAGAAACUCUAUUGUCGCCGCACCAGUUUUCUCUGCGAUAGCCAAAAGAGAGAACUCCGUCAAAAUUCGAAGACUUCUCAUGGAUGUGGCUAUGGAGAAAAGCAUCAAAUCAGAAGUCUGGCGAAAAGCUCUUGCUUUCAUUUCUUCAGAGGAUAUCAAUGGGCCAAUAGAUGCCACAUUGAAAACGCUAAAGGCUCUGUUCGCUUCGGGUCUGCUUCCACAUGGUGUCCUAUCGAUGAGCAUCGCUGAGCUGAUAACCACGUUCGAUAAUAGAAUCAAUCAAGGACAGGCUGAUUGCGUCAAUCAAUUGGAGACAUAUUUAGCUAGCUUUGUUCAAGGAAUCAAAACUGAAAAGAAGACGAUCAGAAACGUCGAUAUCAAGGAUCUUCUUCAAGCUUUGCCAAAUUUAGAUAUCUAUACAGAUGAAUAUAGAAACUUGAGGAGUUUCCUAUCACAAGACGACUUGGAGACAAAGAUAGGACAGAUUGACUUAAAUGCUUAUCCUACUAGGGGUAGAUUGAUAGCUCAGUUGCUGCAAAUGAUAAAACAUACCAGCGGCAUUGACGAUAAUUUAUAUCAUUUGGCCAAGCAGUUUGUCGACAACGUUGCUUACGAGGGUUAUGGUGCCGGUGCUUUAAAAUAUCACUCUUAAUUCGAUAAUGAGCAUGUUUUUACAAUAUAAUAAACUAUCUCAAUUGAGUAAAUCUCUGAUGAUUCACAUUUAAUACAUUUUAUAAGUAUUUAAUAAAUCUUUGCAUAAUGAGUGUUAAACA